UUUGAAAUAAUGGCGGCUAAUCUGUUCGAUUAACAAUUCGACUUUUAUGUUAUUGAUCAAACACCCAAUGAACCUUUUUACAUUUUCACUGUUGAAAUCAAACAGUUUGUUGUGAUAAAAGGUUUGUUAGAAAAAUAUGGGCGAGCAGGUGACAGUACCUCGCUACAUGACGCAACUCCUUGAAGAGUUGGGCUGGAACCAAGGCAUUAGAAUACCUCUGGCAAAUCCAGACAAUCAGAUCCUAGAAACUGUACUGAUCGAUAGGCAGAAUGAAAUACAGCGUCUUAAGGAAACUCUGAUUCUUCAAAACCAAAAAAGAGAUGACCUUAAUAAAUACAAGCACCAUGUUCAUACUGAAUAUCAAGAAAAUACUCGAUUGCUGUUUGCUCACAAGCAGCAGCUGGAGCAAGAGGUGAAGCUUCGACAGCUGUCUUGCAAUGAGGCUGAAAGGCUUGAUCGGGAUAUUGUUGACUGUGCCAAGCAGAGCAAGGACAUCAACAAUCGGAUUGACAGAUUGCAGAACAACAUUGCUCGUCUACUGAAGAAAGCAGAUUCCCUGAAGACUGAAGUGUGUGGAGAACGCGGCGCGCUGCAAGAAUGGCGGGCGGCGCUGGAGAGAAGUGCUGGCGACAUCUCUGCUAUAGAGCAGUUUACGAAACAAGACCUCUCUAAAGCUAAGGCUUUAGAAACUAAGAGGCAGAAAUUGAAGCAAGAACAUGACCGCAUGCACGAACGCCUCAAUCAGCUGGUGUCCAACCUCAGUGCCGAAGAACGGGCUUGUGAAAGGAUCUCUGAACAGGUGAUGGAGGGCAUGGAGCAAAGGAAGCAGAUGAUGAUGAUGUGGACUAACGCCGUGGAAAAUCUCAGACAGAGAGAUACCGAUAUUAGGCAUAUUCGUGAGGAUUACGUCGUAUUGGACACGGAAGCUAAGAACAUAGCGGAACAGUGUCGUGAACAGCAAACCUUCUGCGACCAACAACGCGGGAACAACGCGGAUACGGAGAGAGAGAUAAUGGCGAUGACGCAACGACUCGGCCACAUCAGGACGUCCUUCCAGCAGCUUCUGGACCAGAAUACUGCACUAGAUAGCGAUAUGCACUGCCUACAGCGUGAACUCGCACACUUGCGAAAUGCUCUCGAAAAGUUGCACAUGGAGAAUCGACACAUUAUGGAUGAACAACAUCGCAAAGACGAUACACUGUCCAAGAUAAAUGGCAAGAUACGGGACCUGAAAGAAAAGUUGACAGACUCAUUGGACAAAUCCAAGUCUUCUGAAAAGCGCGCUAAAGAACUACAAGACAUCUUGAAUGAUGAAGAACGCUAUGCGAGCCAGUUGACCGUGAAUCAACAGCGGGCGAUGCAUUGUUCCUUCGUGGAGCAACAGAAACUGCUCGCACUGAAGAACGAGGAGAAACUGUUCCAUAUGCAGCUCAAGGCAUCGAAAGCGGUCAUGAGUAAACUAGAUACUAAACAACGAAAUAUCGAGAAGAACUUGCAAAGUCAAAAGGAGGGUCUUUAUUCUAUAUGUUACCAAGUGGAGACGAUUGGAGCUCGCGUCGCUCACAUGGAGGGUGCGCAGGCUGAGCGCGAGUGUUCCGAACAACUCGCCGGCAGGGAAAAUAGAUUGAAGGACGUCUGUGCUCGACACGCGGCCCGCGUCGCCCUUCUAGAGCGCCACUCUGCUAAACUUCACGAUGAUAUGCGACGUCUAGCGCGCGAUCUGGAAGCCAAGAAUGCAGACAACAUCAAACUACAAAGCCGCUUGAAAACGGCCAUGUUGAACGUGGAAGGAGGUGACAAAGAUUUGCAAACGUCACGCGAUGUUUGGCGUCGUCUGCGAGUUGAGGAAGCAUUAUUAAGAUUGAGAGUAGCCCACGCUGCUAGAGCCAUGGCUGGAUUAGACGAUACUGCCUUCACUUUGGACACGCAGCGACUACAACUGGAUGCCGCUAUGAACGAGCGACUGGUGGAGAUUGCGGCACGUCGCGACAUGUUCAGCGUACAGAAGCGCGCGUUGUUCGAAGACUGCGGUAAACUGCGGUGUGAGAUACGUGAGAGGGAGCAACGAAUCGACCAGCUCAAGAAACGAUAUGAAAUAUUCAUUGGAUCGUUAGGCAAAGAUGAUUCUGGCCAACAGUUAUCAGUUACAUUCUUCAAGAUCAAGUUUGCCGCGGAACGUGCAGAACUCCGCACUCGUGGCGCCGCCUUAGACGCAGACAUCGGUCGACGCGAGAAGGACGUGUCUGCACUGGAAGCGACGCUGCGUGUAGUUCACGCUGCGCAUCAACACUUCAUGCAUCACAUGUCGCCUCUCGCCUCUGACACUCCCGAAAUCGAAGAGCUGAACGGAUUGACGAAGCAAUAUUACGAGAUGCGUGACGAGCUGAAGCUGCAAAACAGUCGUAUAGCGGAGUUGGAACAACUCGUGAGCGACAAGAGCUCACGCCUCACUAUGCUUUCUGACAAGAACAAGCAACUUACUGCUAGACAAAAUGAAUCGGAGAGCGAUCUAGACGCCGCCCGCGAACGCGUGUCUCGUCAGGAGAGCAGACUGCAGAAUGCGCAUGAAGUGGUGCAUCAUAACGCGCGGCGUGCCAAGAAGUUGGUAGAAGGAGGGGAUGACUGGCGCAUAUUCCAGAUGGCGUUAUGGGUGCGCGAUUACGCAGAAGCGGCUAGCAAUGCCUUACAUUCUUUAUCUGAAGUCUGCGCCGGCGCACCUGAACACCGCGUCCGUCUCGCCGCCCUACUUUCCUCCACUGACUUGCAGCGCCAUCUGUCGCGGCACCAGCGCCGAUUGCACUCUUUCAUUCAGAGGCUCAUAUCGGAUUCGAAGCAAGCAGCACCUUACAAAGAAAUUACUAUUGAAACUGAUGAAACGGUGUUUUCUUCGUCAUCGGAGUCCAUCCACAGCGGUGUGAGCGUUGCGUCCGGAUACACAAAGCAACUGUCUGCAUUCCGCAGGAGUUUGGCGCCUAAAGUGCAGGAGAGCGCUUUGAUUGAAGACAUUCCCGAACAAGCUCGGCGGUCCACAGUGUCGUUGAGAGUGGUGACACUCGGCAUAGAGGAGACAACGAACAGAUCCAGCGUAUACAGCGCACAAUCCCGCAAAUCACUGCGGUAAUUUCACCCCGUCAAUUGGAAUCAACUGCUAAUUAAAAUAAUGACGUUUAAUUUGUGAAUUUGUUUAUAGCUAC